AUGGGAGCACCCCGGGCAGACUAUGCGAAAAACCAGGACAAGCCGCCCUCGCGCCACGUUCAUGUCUCCACUAACUCCACCCGUCUCCUCGAUGCCCCUGGCCUCCCUGAAGGACUUUUGCCCUUUGGGCUCUCCCCUCCUCCUCCCAAUGGCUUCUUACUCACAGUAAGAUGCCCGGAACCAAGUGGCCAGGAGGUCCACUUACCUUCCAAAAAGAAACACUGUCAGACUGGUCCUGGACAAGCUCCUCCCCUUCAUCUGGGCUGCUGGGCCCCAUAUAUGGGCCUUGAUUUGUCUGUCAAGCUGUCGGAGAUCAACAAUAGGAGGAAUCGCACCCCCCCCCCCCCCCCCCCCCCCCCCCGGGAAAAUAAUUGUGGUUAUCUGACGGGUCUCUCGACGCGACGCUUUUUGGUGCCCCAGACCGAAACCAACAUCGAGACCAUUCUCCAACCGGACGAGCAGACACCAUCUAUCUCUCGUCCCGUGCACUGGUACCGAGCCCACGGCUUUGCCCUCGAUCAUAUGAGUCUUCUCCUAAUGAGGGCGGUGGGUUCGACCCCCCUUGGAUACCUGUCUGUCUCUGGAGUCUCAUGA